AUGGAAGUUGGUUCUAAAAAAAAGAAGACAGAAGUCCAGGGUGGCCAAAAUGUCGAGCUUCCACCCGAGAUCAUAGAUGGUUUUCUUUCAAGGUUACCAGUGAAUCCCUUGCGCCGCUUCAAGCUUGUGUCCAAGUCAUGGCAGUCCUUAAUCUUCGAUCCUGAUUUCGUCGCCAACUAUUCCAAAGCCGCCAUUGAGAAUAAGGAUGUCUUCUUCAGAAGAUGGCGCCUCCUCUUUACUAUUGAUAUGCCACAAAGAGGGAUAUACUCUUUGGAUCUUGACCAGUUUCUCAAUGAGAAUCCUACUGCUGGUGUUGAAGGUCUAGUAGCAGCACCCACUGAGCUCGGCUUUGUUUACAAUCAUCUUCCGAGACGUGGACUUGAUUGGGUUCCCUAUGUCCAUUACUCCUGCUAUGGCUUGUUCUUGACUCAGUUUUUAGGCGACCAUUGUUAUACUUUGAUCAACCCUGUAACCAAGGAAUCAAAGAAAUUACCAAAGGCACCAUAG